ACCAAUCAGCGGCUGCGUUGCUUUUGCGGCUCCACGUCGGCACCAGCUGCGGGGCAAGAUGGAGGCGCUGAUUUUGGAACCCUCCCUGUAUACUGUCAAAGCCAUCCUGAUUCUGGACAAUGAUGGAGACCGACUUUUUGCUAAGUACUAUGACGACACCUACCCCAGUGUCAAGGAGCAAAAGGCCUUUGAAAAGAAUAUUUUCAACAAGACCCAUCGGACUGACAGUGAAAUUGCCCUCUUGGAAGGCCUGACGGUGGUGUAUAAAAGCAGUAUCGAUCUCUAUUUCUAUGUGAUUGGCAGCUCCUAUGAAAAUGAGUUGAUGCUUAUGGCUGUUCUGAAUUGCCUCUUUGACUCCUUGAGCCAGAUGCUGAGGAAAAAUGUAGAAAAGCGAGCUCUGCUGGAGAACAUGGAGGGGCUCUUCUUGGCUGUGGAUGAAAUCGUAGAUGGAGGGGUGAUACUAGAGAGUGAUCCCCAGCAAGUUGUACACCGGGUGGCAUUAAGGGGUGAAGAUGUCCCCUUAACGGAGCAGACCGUGUCUCAGGUGCUUCAAUCAGCUAAAGAACAGAUCAAGUGGUCACUCCUCCGGUGAAGACCCCGUGCCUGGCUCCUCGCCCCCCUCAAAACUCUGCAUGUCUGCUGUGAUUUCUCAUCCAGGCCCAAACCGGUGCUCUCAGGGUCAUCUCCCGGAUUAUAAGGGAUCCUUAAAUCUCCAUCCUGUCUGGGGUUGCCCCUCCCCCAGUACACUUCUCUCUCCUCAGUCUUGCUAGGAGUAAAGCUCCAAGCAGAUUUGGAUGCAGAGCAGAGGAAACAUCCUCUUUCCUUCUAGACUGGAUUUUGGUCCAUGCUCUCCUGCCCCCAUAUUUUGUCUACUCCUUUGCCCUUCGCUGUAGCUACAGUCCAGAUCAAAGCAGGAGAAAGAAUGUGCUGAGUGUUUUCUUCCCUUUGCCUUUACCAGGCCUUGUCCCAACAGCCCAUAUGUCCAGCAAGGGUAGAGGUAGGAGGAGAAUUCCUUUCUAUAUUAUGAGUGAGGUUGGGGAUGGGCAGGGAUGUGUCCAGUCUCAGUCUCAGCUCCACUUACUGGCCUCAGCCUUUUCCCCCCAUUUCUUCUUACUGCCCUGUCCUUUGCCUUGGAAAAGUGAUUGGAGGCAGCUUAUAGGAGUGGCAAAAACAGUGAGUUAAAUGUUAUGGAGUGGGCUUAUAAAGUUCAUUCUCCACCCUGAUCCUGGCAUGCAGCUUUAAAACUGCUGUGGUCUGUGAGUGGUCAUUCUGGGGAGGUCCAUCUCUUGAUCUGCAACAUUAAUUCUCCAUCUUUACUACCCAUGGGCCUUUUACCUGGUUUAUCCUCUCUGCCCCAGAGCAAAGCCAGUCCCUAGAACAAAAUUCCAUUCUAGUCUUGGGAAGAAGAGUUUUUGCUCAGAACUGGGGAAGGAGGGGGACUUUCAACUGGGCCCUUGAGGUGAUUGGUCCCCUCAGCUCCCAACAUGUAUUUUCUCGUCUGCCUUGGGUCUGCAAUCUGCUGCUUAACCCUGUUCUUCCUUUGCCUCAGCCUUACAUGAAAGCAGUAGGUCUGGUCUCUUUCCCUCCCUAUGUGGCCAGGAGAGGUCACUUUCCUUUGGGGUUUGGGUUUCCCCAGGAGGAUAAGAGAAUGGAUCAUCCACUCUUGGGUCUAAUUUUUCCCCUGACCCAAAACUUCUUCCCCACAAAAAGAUAACCUUCCUGAGACUUAAACAUUCUGUCCCAUCCACUAACUGCCAGUACUCCAACACUGAAGUGGGGCAGACAACUGGGCAUAUUUGAGGGGCAUCUUGGUGUAAGAGAUGUACAGUCAGGAGAUGGCCACCUUCCUAUGCUGCUCUGUGUGACGAGGAAUAAAACAUUUCUUUUUCCAAA